AUGGCUCUCAACUGGGCAAUGCUGUCCCCCGAAACCCGGGCCCCGGUCCCGCUGCCGAACGAGAUGACAAUAACCAGCGUCGACUCCGGGGUCGAAGUCACCCUCAACAUUCCCGACGCCCCGCCUGCUGGCGGAUCAGGUGGUCUGCGCACACUCAAGGCGGUUGGCAAGGCGUCCGUCACAGACAUGAGAUUCAUAUUCACGAGUGCUACCCCCAACACCACCUUCGAGUCUCUUUCUAUCCCGCUUCCUUCGAUCCUUUCGUCCAAGUUCGAGCAGCCGACGUUUGGCGCCAACUAUCUUUCUCUAGGGAUCAAGCCAUCCACAGACGGUGGUCUUACGGAGGGUACAACCGCUGAAGUGCGCUUCAAGAACACACCCAUGUUCUCUUUUGCCGCCGUGCUGGACAAGACCAGAGAAAGGGCAAUCUACAUGAAGCGUCAGGCUGCGGAGAAUGAGGAGGGGCUGCCGGUGUACACUUCCCCGUCAGAGGGCAGCUCGGUUUCAUCUGGAGGAGGAAGUGUCACGACGCCUGCAGAUGCCCCGCCUGGCUACGAAUCUUGA